UUGUGGCCUGUACUGUAUUAAAGGUGCAUCUCUUUCUCCAGAUGAACAGAACCCUCUAAUAGGAGACUAGCGCCAUGGCGAAGUUGACCAUCCUCCUACUUGUCUGUGCCGUCUUGGAGCUCAGCAACACAACGCCCUUAAUGGAGGCCCAACUUCUUCCUCUUGAGCGUUCACUAGAGGCAAACCCGGAGCUCCCUACUUUUGAAAUCUUACAGAAGAUUGACGCCGAACAUGUUCCUCCUAUGGAGGACAUGGGUGUCGAGGGAAACUACUUUGAACAGAACCCACCUAUCUCGCCAUCAGAGGAGCUUGGUGUAGAGCGGUCCAUGUCUCUGGAGGAUGAGCAGGUGAAGACAGAAAGCAGUAGCGUAUGCUCCACAGGCUGGUUCAAACAUGGGCACCGCUGUUUCACAUACAUCCGCACCGAACGGACAUGGGCCGAGUCGGAGCAGUACUGCGUGUUUCAGGGGGCCAACCUGGCAUCCAUCCACAGCACAGAAGAGAACCACUUCAUUCAGGAGAUGAUCCGCAGACAGACACACGACUUCCCAAGAGUCUGGAUCGGCGGACAGGACGCUACCCAGGAGCGCCUUUGGCUGUGGAAUGAUGGGUCCAGGUUCUACUACCACGACUGGAGCAAUGUAGCCUGAUAACGCCAUGGGAAUUGAGAACUGUAUGCAUAUAAACUAUGGAGAAGAAAAACGCUGGAAUGAUUAUGUCUGCAGUAGGACGUUACCUUCUGUAUGUUCCAUGAAACUAUAAGCUCUGACAUCACCUUAAUCAAGAUGUCUAUUUUGUUUAGUUUUCCUAUGUAUUUUCAUGAUGACUAUUAGCAAAUGAGUAAGAUUACUACUUAACACAAAAAAAACGCACUCCAUUAUGUGCAUCAUCGUUUCGAUUUUUAUCUCUGCAUUUGUUAGUUACAGCCACCUUGUUAAGACCAAAAUAAGGGCAGUUUGAUCAUGUUGGUGAAAUGUAAAUAAAGGAUUAGUCCUGUAUAUAUUCAA